AUGAGCGAUAUGAAGCGAGGAGUAAACGACGACGACGCCCCGCGCUGCCCCCCGCAUCCUCGGUUCGUCCGAGGGCUCUGCUUCCUGUGCGGGGUGAAGGAGGAGGACACGGAAGGAGGUGCUCUCGCAGUCGCCGUUGGGCACGAGAUGAUGAAGGAAGAAGGCGACGACCACGGCAACGACGACCCUGCGCGGUGCCCUGCACACCCUGAGAUCGUCCUGGGUCUCAGCUACCGGUGCGGGGCUACGGAGGAGGACGCGGGAGGAAGGGCCUCCGGAGUCACGGUCGCGAACAUCGACCGGGCCCUGGUGCUCCCAGGUUGUGCGGCGGCGACGAGCACUGCGGGCACGUCCGACCUGGCGACCCUCUUCCGCGAGAGGAAGCUGAUCCUCGUCCUGGACCUCGACCGCACGCUGCUCAACUCGACGAGGCUCGACGGCUUCUCCGCGGGCGAACGAUGGUUCGGGUUCACGCCCGACACCGGCAACAAGGUCGACAUGGACCUCUUCCGGCUGGACUCCGACAACCUUGGCAUGCUCACCAAGCUGCGGCCGUUCGUGCGAGGCUUCCUGGAGCAGGCGAGCUCCAAGUUCGAGAUGCACGUGUACACCCUGGGGAAUCAGAGUCGUGUCAAGGGACUUGUCGACCCAGGGGGCACGAAGAGCCUCGACGUCAUCCCAGGCGCCGACCCCGUCGCGGCGGUGAUCCUCGACGCGCUCGACCUCGACGACACGGACGUUGCCUGGCCGGGGCACCAGGACAACCUCAUCCUCACGAACAGGUACCGGUACUUCGCCUCAACCUGCCGCAAGUCCCGCUUCGACAUCCCCUCCCUGGCGGAGCAGGGCCGCGACGAGAAGGGGGAGCACGGCGGCUCCCUGGGCGUGGCGCUGGGCGUCCUUGAGCGCGUCCACCACGCCUUCUUCGACGGCCCCCGCGCGGACGUCAGGGAGGUGAUCACGGAGUUGCGGGGCCAGGUGCUGCGCGGGUGCACGGUUGCGUUCAGCUAUCUGGAGCAACGUAUGGAGGACUCCCCCGACGACACCCGCUUGUGGACGUUGGCCGAGCGGCUCGGCGCCAUCUGCAGGAAAGACGUCGACCAGACGGUCACCCAUGUCGUUGCGGAGGAUCCGGGGACCCAGAAGGCGAAGUGGGCGCGGGACCACGGCAAGUUUCUCGUCAACCCAGAGUGGAUCAAGGCGGCGAGUUUCCGGUGGUGCCGGCAAGACGCGCAAGAGUUCCCAGUGACCGCCCGGCGCGUCGUGCGCGAGCCGAUCGAACUGGUAGCGGCAGUGGCAUUGUUUUACUUGGGGAUGAGGUCCCAGGCGGAGCGGCUGGAACGAAACCACGAGCAUUGA